AAGAAGAGAGGUUCCUUCGACCGAUUAGGAAAGGAUGAAGCUGAAAAGAGGAGAAGAAAUGCAGGAGAAAUACUUGUCAUCAGUAGGGCAGAGAGCAGGUGACUGUCGUGUACAUUCUUGUUUACCCCUCAUUAUUAUCUUCUUCUUCUUCUUCUUCUUCUUCUUCUUCUUCUUCUUCUUCUUGAAUCACUGCACCCUUGACCAUCAUAUUCUUUUCCUAGCUAUCACAUAUAUAACUUCCCCAGCAUGGCAAUCCCUUCAAAUGUCCACAUCUCUUCCCAUCCCCUUCUGCAGGCAAAACUCUCGCAGCUUCGCUCUUCCUCAACCUCCACCCGAGAAACCCGCAACCUCGUGCAUGAGAUUGCAACCAUUCUGGGGGUAGAAGCCUUCGCAUCGGGCUGGAAAGCCGCAGGUACCGGGAAAACAGAUACCACGCCUCUCGGUGAAUCGUACGAAACCAAGAACAUUGACCCAGCCAAUCUUGCAUUGGUGCCUAUUCUCCGAUCGGGCCUGGGCAUGACUGACGCGGACCCAGCUAUGAAUGACCUCCUCCCUUCCCCUGUCCCCAUCUACCACCUAGGCAUCUUCCGCGAAAGGUUCUCCCUCCAACCUGUAGAAUACUACAAUAACCUCCCCUCCCCAACGGCCAACAACCCCGCUGCUUCUGUCGCCGUACUCCUCGAUCCUGUCAUCGCGACAGGCGCCACAGCCGAAGCCGCCAUCCAUACACUCCGAGAGUGGGGCGUGCAGCGUGUGGUGAUGCUCAGUGUCCUGGGUUCCGAGUCCGGUGUGCAGCGCGCGGCGUCCUCCUGGGCAGACGGCGUAGAGCUAUGGAUCGGCGGAGUUGAUGCGCAGUGCAACGAGCAUGGCAUGAUUGUACCUGGGUUAGGCGAUAUCGGGGAUCGCUUGUUCGUUGCGAUUGGAAAGUGAAUCAAUAUUUAUUUCCAUGCAUCAUCCAUCUAAGCCUAUACAUCUUAUAUUCGAUAGAGAAUGAGUCUGCA